AUGGGCAGGACGCGGUGGCUCCCAGCCUGGCUGGCUCUCGUCUGCGGCCUUUCCACCGCAACUUUCCGCGGCAGGGAAUUCUUCACCGUCUUCCUGCAGAACGACGAGGAAGGCGCCCAGCCCGCCUCCCAGCUCCUCCUGACGGCCUACUCCGACUCCACCCAGGUGACGGUGACGACGAGCAGCGGCGCCUUCACCCGCACCGUCACCCUGAGCCAAGACGAGACGGUUUCCGUCCAGGUCCCUGGCAACGUGGAGCUGGUCAGGAGCCAAAUCUCACACAAAGCCAUCCUGAUUGAGUCCACCGACGACAUCUCCGUGGUCUCCGUCAGCUCCAAAAGCUACUCCGUAGGUGCCACCACCGUUCUGCCGGUAGAUAAGUUGGGCAACACGUACUACGUGGUGACGCCGGUGGGCACCAAGAGGGAAGGGCUGAAGGAAUUCGCUGUGGCAGCCGGGAAGGUUUCCGCCACUGUUUCCAUCAACAUCCGGGGCAGGUUUUAUUACAGAGGGAGGAAUUACUCCCCCGGGGCCACCCUACGCGUCUUCUUGAACCCCUACCACAGCUUCCAACUGCAAAGCACCGACGAUCUGUCCGGCACCAAGAUCACGUCGGACAACGCCGUCGCGGUCGUCAGUGGGCACAGCUGCGUGAAGAUGAACACGGGCUGUGACUACGUGGUUGAGCAGCUUCUGCCCGUCGCCCUGUGGGGGAAAAGUUACAUCGUUCCCCCCAACCCCCUGCAGAAGGACGCUGACUUCGCCUACGUCGUGGCGCCGCCAUCACCUACAGCAGGGGUGACUCGCCUGCCACCGAGGACCCAAGACCCCUUCCUACUCAACAUCCCACCCAUCUCCACCUACUGCACAUCCUACCGCGUCAGCAGCCUGAGCAGCUACCAGAACCACGUGGUCCUCAUCGCCCGAAACACGGACACCGACAGCAUCGCCCUCAACCGGAAGACUGAGAGGACCGUGUCCUGGCAAGAGAUUCCCGGCACAGACUUCUCCUGGGCCACCGUCCCCAUGAACAAGCCCUCGGAGAUCCAGAGCGUCGAGCACGAGCAGACGCCCCUUGGGGUCCUGGUCUUCGGCUUCCAGAAUUACGCCGGUUACGGCCUCAACGGUCUUUGCGCCACAACUUCUUCUCCGCUUUCCUGCGAAAACCUGGGCAGCAGGGAGAACUGUGCGGUGAUGGACGAGCAACUCACGUCCACCCAAGAAACCUUCACAACCUGCUGGGCCACCGGCGACCCUCACUACCAAACCUUUGAUGGGAAAACCUUUGACUUCAUGGGCACCUGCACCUACACCUUGACCAAGACCUGCGAUUCGGAUCCAGCCCUGCCCGUCUUCAGCGUCGAGGCCGAAAACGAACGCCGGGGUAACCCGCAAGUCUCCUACGUCGGCUCCGUGAUUGUCCGUGUCUAUGACGUCACCAUCGCCGUGGUCAGGUCCGAGAAUGGGAUCGUGAGGGUGAACAACCAUCGCUCCCGCCUCCCCAUCUCCCUCGCCCGAGGGAAACUCCGCCUGCAGCAGAAGGGCACGUCCGUGCUGAUUAAAACCGACUUCAAGCUGGAGGUCCUCUAUGACUGGGACGACCACGUGGUGGUGAAGCUCCCCGGGAUGUUCUCCGGCAAAGUGUGCGGGUUGUGCGGCAACAGCAACGGUAACCGCCAUGACGAUUCCCUCAUGCCCGACGGCAACCUGGCGCAGAAUCCCGUGGAGCUGGGCCAGAGCUGGAAAGUGGUCGAGGAGAGCCGUCAUUGCUUGGACAGCUGCUGCGGGCGCUGCCGGUGGGACGAGGCGGCAAAGUACAAGGUGGACACGUCCUGCGGGUUGCUCACCCGACGCCCGGGGCCCUUCGAGCGCUGCCACGCCGCCGUCGACCCCGGUGUCUUCCUGAAAAACUGCGUGUACGACCUCUGCUUGAACGACGGGCUCCACGUCACGCUGUGCCAAGCCCUCAAAGCCUACGCGGACAGCUGCCAGGAGGAGGGCGUCACCGUUUCUGACUGGAGGACACUGGCACGUUGUCCUCUCCCCUGCCCCAAGAACAGCAACUACACCGCGUGCGGCACCGCCUGCCCCACCACCUGCAACAACGGUGCGACGUCCGCCGACUGCGGCGCCUCGGCCUGCGUGGAGACCUGCGAGUGCCAGGAGGGCUUCGCGCUCGACGCCAACGAGUGCAUCCCCCGGAGCGAGUGCGGCUUCCAGGGCCGCCUCCACGGCCUCCGCGAGGAGUUUUGGGGGGAUAACACCUGCACCAAGCGUUGCGUCUGCGAUGCGAAACACCGGAGCCCUGACUGUUAUCCCAAGAGCUACGGGACCUGCACAGCAGUGGGUGCCACCCACUACGAGAGCUUCGACGGCGCGAGGUUCAUCUUCCAGGGCACGUGCCUCUACCAGUUGGCUGGGUUGUGCGACAAGAGCCAGGGGCUGGUGGACUUCCAAGUGCUGGUGCAGAACGGUCGCCAGGAUGAUGAACUUCUCUCCUCCAUCGCUCUCAUGACGGUCAAAGUCUACGGCAAAAACAUCAUCAUCAGCCAGGAACACCCCGGCAAAAUCACGGUCGACGACCGGUUGGUCAAUCUUCCGUAUCACCAAAGGGAGGGGAAGAUCUCCGUCUCCCGAGGCGGGCGGGAAGCGGUGGUAGAGACAGACUUUGGCCUCACCGUCACCUACGACUGGCAAAGCCAAGUCACCGUGUCGGCGCCCAGCACUUACGCCAACACCCUCUGUGGCCUCUGCGGGAACUACAACGGGAAGGCGGGCGAUGAGAUGCGGAUGAAGAACGGCCGAGUGACGUCGAGCCCCGACGCCUUCGGACGCAGCUGGAAAGCGGCUGACGUCCCGGGUUGCGCGGAGCUGUCGCGGGUGGAAUGUCCUGCCAUGGCGGCGGCUCUGCAGCACCAGGAGGUCUCCAAGACGGGUUGUGGGAUCCUCCUGCAAGUGGGUGGACCCUUCGAAGCUUGUGCUGCUCACGUGGACCCUAACCAAUACUUCCGAAGCUGCGUGCAUGAUUUCUGCGUCUUCCCAGGCCAGGAAGGUGUGAUCUGCCCCACCAUCACCCGCUACACCGCUGCCUGCCAAGCCGCCGGCGUGACCAUCGGGGCGUGGAGGACAGACGAUUUCUGCAGUAUUUCAUGUCCUGCAAACAGCCACUACGAGAUCUGCUCCCAGGACUGCGGACAGACCUGCCGCAGCAUCUACACCCCGGUGAAAUGCUCUGACCGGUGCCGGGAGGGCUGCGUGUGCGACGAAGGUUUCGUGCUCAGCGGCGACGCGUGCGUCCCCUUGUCCCAGUGCGGGUGCCUCCACCAGGACUUCUACUACAAGGCGGGGGAGACCUUCUCCCCCAGCGAGCAGGAGGAAUGUCAGUGCCAGGCUGGCGGCACCGUGGAUUGCCAACGGAUUCCGUGUCCUGGAGGCGGCGAAGGCCAAGUCGUCGACGGGGUCUUCCAAUGCCCAUCAGCCACGCACAGCGCCUGCGUGGCCACCGGUGACCGCAGCUACGUCUCCUUCGACGGGACGGCUUUCGGCAUGUCGGGCGCCUGCUCUUACAUCCUCACCAAGACCUGCACCGACGACAGCCUCCAACCCUUUGUGGUGAGAAUCGAGAAGGACGCCCGGCGGAGGAGGAAGGUCUCCGGCAUCCAAGCGUUGUCCGUGGAAGUCUACGGGCUCACGCUGACCCUCACGCGAGGCAGGAGGGGAGAUGUCAUGAUGGAUUCCAUAUCCCACCACCUCCCAGCCAUCCUGAGCGAGGGACGGGUCCAGGUGCACCAACACGGCCUGGGUGUCCUGCUUCAGACCGACUUUGGCCUCGUCGUACGCUACGACCUCCUCCACCACGUGACGGUCACAGUCCCACGGAGCUACCGAGGCCACCUCUGCGGGCUCUGUGGCAACUACAACGGGCAACGCAACGACGAUUUCCUCCUCCCCGACGGCCACCAGGCCCCCGACGCCAUGGCUUUUGGCGCUGCCUGGAAAACGCCCGAUGAGUCGUGCGGCGAUGAAUGCUCCAAGGACGACUGCCCUGUCUGCUCGGAGGAGAAGGCGGCGAUUCUCCAGAAAUCCAACUACUGUGGCAUCCUUAUUGCCCCAAAGGGCCCCUUUGGCUCCUGCCACCACCUCAUCGACCCAGCCCCGUAUUUCCAAGCCUGUCUCCACGACCUUUGCCUUACGCAGGGGAACACCCGCGUCCUCUGCCAGAGCAUCCAGAGCUACGUCACUGCUUGCCAAGACGCCGGUGUCACCAUUGAGCCUUGGAGAAAACCUUCCUUCUGCUUCCUCAGCUGCCCGGCCAACAGCAACUACUCCCUCUGUGCCGACCUCUGCGUCAACAGCUGCGCGGGGCUCGUGGAUGCUUCCAGCUGCCCCAAAACCUGUGUCGAAGGCUGCCAGUGCACCGAAGGGUUCGUCUUCGACCGGCACCACUGCAUUCCCAAGGACGAGUGCGGAUGUUUUGUCGAUGGGAAAUAUUACAAGCCCCACGAGUCGGUCUUGACGGACAACUGCCGGCAGCACUGCACGUGUGUUCCCGGCGAGGGCUUGACUUGCCGCAGCCACAGCUGCACCGACGACGAAACCUGUGAAAUCCGGGACGGGGUCUUGGGUUGCGUCAACCGAAACCCCUGCAAAGCCCUUCAGUGCCGGCCCAAGGAGAGGUGCAAGUUGAAGGAUGGCCAAGUCAAGUGUGUCCCAUCCCUGGUUUCCACAUGCUACGGAUGGGGAGACCCCCACUACCACACCUUCGACGGGCUCGACUUCGAUUUCCAAGGCACCUGCACCUACACCAUGGCCGAAUCCUGCGGGAAUGACACCAGGUUGGUGCCCUUCAAGGUGGAGGGCAAGAACGACAUCCGGGGCGGGGUGAAAUCCGUCUCCUACGUGAGCUUGACCAACGUCAAGGUCUACAGUCAACACGUCUCCAUCCACCGGAAGGAAGUGGGCAAAGUCAGGGUGAACGGGGUGGUGACGCUGCUCCCGGUGAGCCUGGAAGAUGGCAAGGUGCACGUCUUCCAGAGCGGGCUCAGCGCCGUGCUGGAGACAGACUUCGGGCUCCGGGUGACAUACGACUGGAACUGGCACCUCCUCAUCGACCUCCCCAGCAGCUACUACAAACACACCUGCGGCCUCUGCGGCAACUUCAACCUCAAGCCCGAGGAUGACGUCCCCCAGGGUGGCAGCGACCUCCCCGCUGUGGUGGCCUGGGCCGAAGGCUGGAAAGUCCCCGAAGACGAUGACCCGUUUUGCUGGGAUUAUUGCGAAGGCACCUGCCCGGUGUGCGAGGAGGAGAAAAAGGAGCUCUACGGGGGCAACCACGUUACCCUGCCCCGAAAACAGCCACUACGAGGCCUGUGGCAACGCCUGCCCAGCCACGUGCCAGCCGCGUGCAACAACAGGGAUGCGCCCGCCUCCUGCACCCAGCCCUGCGUGGAGACCUGCGCCUGCAACGAGGGACACGUCCUCAGCGGCGGCCAGUGCGUGGCGGUGGCCAGCUGCGGCUGCACCCACGACGGUCACUACUACCGUCCUGGCGAGGAGUUUUGGGCCGAUGAGACCUGCCAAUCGCGGUGCCGGUGCGACGCCGAUUUGGGCAUGGUGGUGUGCAAGGAAGCCGGUUGCAAGUCGGGCGAGAAGUGCGCCGUGGUGAAGGGCGUGCGGCGGGGCGUGGCCAAGAGCCACUCCAUCUGCGUGGCCACCGGCGCCCCCCAUUACACCACCUUCGACGGGCGCCGCUUCGAUUUCAUGGGCACCUGCGUCUACCAGCUGGCUGCCCUCUGCUCCGACGACCCUACCCUCGUCCCCUUCAACGUCACCGUGGAGAACAACAACCGGGGCAGCCGUGUGGUCUCCUACACCAAGGAGGUCACCUUGGAGGUCUACAACAUGACCCUCAGCCUCAGCCAAGAGCAUCCCCAGAAGCUCAAGGUCAACGGGAUCCUGGUGGACCUGCCCUUCAGCCACGGCAACCAGCUUCAGGUCUACCUCAGCGGUGUCCACGGCUUCAUCAAAACCGACUUUGAGGUCGUCGUCACCUUCAACUGGUACAGCUACGCCAGGGUCAUCCUCCCCAACACCUACGCGCGGGCCGUCUGCGGCCUCUGCGGCAACGCCAACGGCGACCCCCAGGACGACUUCGCUUUGCCCAGGGGGCAGCUGGCCGACGAUGAAAUCCAGUUUGCCGACUCCUGGAAGGUGGCCGACACCCCGGGUUGCUGGGCCGGUUGCACCGAGGGUUGCAAAGUUUGCACCGAAGCGGAGAAACGCGCCUACCGGGGCGACAAACACUGCGGGUUCCUG